CAAGAGACCCGCGUGUUGAGAAAGUUGCUCUGAACUGGAUCAGUUCUUCUCCUCCUGAUGAGGUUUGACGAGUCCGUGAGUUCACAAGUCCAGAGAAGAAGGAGUGUCGAGAAACGGGCUGAGUGUUUGUGUCUCCAGAGGAAACAUUUCAUCUCCUGCAGGAACAAUGACUCCAGUUGAGGCUUUGAGAGAGUUUAUUCAGCAGCGACUCACUGCUGCUGCUGGAGAAAUCUUCACCGCGUUUCAACAAACUCUCCUCCACUACGAGAAGGAGAUGAAUGUUCAGGACAGACUGCUGGAAAUCACAGGAGAACUUCCAGUCCCGUUCUCCAGAGCAGAGCUCCAGCAGCACCGUGACUCUAGAAAGGAGCAGGAAACAAACUGUCUAAAACGGGAGGAACCAGGACCUUCAGACAUAAAAGAGGAACCAGAAGAACCAGAACCUCCACAGAUAAAAGAGGAACCAGAAGAACCAGGGCUUCUGCAGUCCCCAGAGGACCAGGAGGAACCAGGGCCUCCAGAGAUUGAGGAGCACGAGGAUCUCGGUAGCAGCCAGACCGGCGCGCUUCCUGUUGUGAAGUUUGAAAAUGAAACCUUGAAGGUUCCUUCUGUUGAGGAGCAGAGUGACCUGAGUGAACCAGAAGAAGAACCAGACACUGAGCAGCUCCUCUCUCAGGACUCUGAAGUCCACCAUGAGAACAAACUGUUUGACUUUCCAGUUUCAGAGAAACAGGCUGAAUGUGAGGAAACAUGUGGUGAACCUGUCCGUAAAAAACCAAAACUAUGUCAGAAGGUGAGAACGGUCACUGAUAAGAAGAAAACUUGUCACAUAUGUGGAAAAAGCUUCAGCUCUCAGAGUCAUUUGUUGGUCCACAUGAGGACUCACACAGGUGAGAGGCCGUUCUCUUGUGGAACAUGUGGGAAACGUUUCAGUCAAAAGAGUCAUUUGUCUGGUCACAUGAGGACUCACACAGGUGAGAAGCCGUAUUCUUGUGGAACAUGUGGGAAGCGUUUCAGUCAAACGAGUCAUUUGUUGGUCCACAAAAGGGCUCACACAUGUGAUAAGCCGCAUUCUUGUGAAUCGUGUGGAAAAGGCUUCAGUAAAAGGGAGUCAUGUAUUGCGCCACGUGAGGACUCACGCAAGUCCGUCCAUCCAUCCAUCCAUUUUCUGCCGCUUAUCCAGGGCCAGGUCGCGGGGGCAGCAGUCUCAGCAGGGAUGCCCAAACUUGCCUGUCCCCAGACACUUACUCUAGCUCCUCUGGGAGGAUCCCAAGGCGUUCCCAGGCCAGCCGUGCAACAUAGUCUCUCCACCGUGUCCUGGAUCUUCCCCGGGGUCUCCUCCCAGUGGGGCAUGCCCGGAACACCUCCCUAGGGAGGCGUCCGGGAGGCAUCCUAACCAGAUGCCCGAGCCACCUCAGCUGGCCGCUCUCGAUGCGGAGGA